GUCGUACUGAGUGUCGAAGGCAGCUGCAGAGCCAACGGCUCAAAGUCUUCGAUUCUCAACCCAGCGCACACAGGUUGGUCAGACAAUACCUAUCGCUCUUGAACGUAGACAUUCAUACUACACUGCAGAAUUUGGAGUAGACCUUCACUGACCGAAUACAGACAUGUGCCGCCUUCCCGCGGGGAACUGCUUACCUUAGGACUCAUUGCUACACUUGUAAGUAAUUUACCCCGGCUCCGCUGCUGUUAUUUAUUUCUAUAAAGCGCAGAACGAAGUGGGCCUCGCCCGGACAAAGAACGCAUGGGGGGCCGCAGGCGGAAGAUACCGGCCCGGCUGUCGCCACUGCAAUCAGAUUUGAUGAAGGCCAGUCGCGACAAUGACAUUCUUGCGGUAGCGCACAUCAUCCAAGACCUGUUGAAAAACAAUGGCCUGGAUCGGUCGAUCACGCCCGCUGCCGCUCCUGCAGCAGAAAUCGAAUCCUCAGGUUCGUCCAGUAGCACAUCGACGUUCCCGUCGGCGGGUAUUAGCGAAACAAGGUGUUUUUCAACAGAGUUGUUCUCCGCCCCGGUUGAUCGGGCAGCGGGGGCAGAAGAAGAAGAAGAAAUAGACUGUGCGGGGACAAGUAGCAAUCCCAACAGUUGUACGUCUCGGCACUGCGGGGAACAAGCUGCGGCGACAGUGAAAUCAACCGGGGAUCAGGCUUCGGAGAUGGAACAACAGCUAGGGAGGGGCUGUACCACCGCGCCGCGGUCGGCUACUCAUCCAGAGGCAUCGUCAAGUAUUGGGGACGGAGCUGCAGCUGCGGUCGAGCGAGCAUUAAAAGAAAUUUUUCCCAGCGGUGGACCCGACGAAGCAAGCCCUUCGACUCACGACAGCACGAGCUCCCCGCGGGUGGAGGCCGCGCAAGUAGUAGAACACCAGCGACGAGUACCACAAGAGGGCGCGAUCGGAAAUGCGGACCCAUCACAAACUUCGCCCACAGUAGGGACUGCACAAACGCGGCCCACCACUUGUGAAGAUUCCGACCACCGCGGCCCCCCGGGUCGAUCCGUGGCCCUCAACCCGCGGGUGGUCCACGCGCGCACUGCCGCUAUACUGUCGGCGAAACAAGAGAUACAGAACGUGGACCAGCUUGGCAGCCACUUCACGGCUCUGCACAUCGCCGCGAUGAAGGGGCACUUGGAGAUUGUUCGGCUGCUGGUAACUGCGGGCUGCGAAGUCAACGGCGUCACCUCCCGGGGCCUCAGUCCCACGCACAUCGCCAGCAAAAAGGGGCACUUGGAAGUCGUCCGCUUUCUCUCGCGGAAACGCGCCACACCGGAAAGAAUGCCGGACCUUCUUUUGGAACGAGACAUGGUUCGUGACGCCCAGAUUGCCUGCGUGGAUAACCAGAACAAGCGAGUGAAACUGGAAAAAGCACUGCGAGCAUGAAUUGCAGCAGCUGUUUGGGGCGCAUUUUUUUUCCAAACUUUAUCGACGACUCUACAACGCGACACUGUAAGAUCGAGAUUCAUUUUUAUCGACGGAAAAAGACCGC